AUCGUUCUUAUCAAUAAUAUUUAUUUUAACUUAAUAAUAUUUUGCUGUCAUAAUGUAUUCAUUAUCACUAAGCAAUUUCUUUAAAGCAUUUUUAGUUAAUAACAUUAUAUCAUCAAGUACGUCUUGCCAUAUUUGCUUACGUAAAAUGAGUUUAUCAAAAAAUAAAAAUUUUGUAAACGACGGUAAAAAAAUUAUUGGCGCAGCACUGAAUUAUAUGGAUAUUGUUAAAGCAAGAAAUGUUCCUGUUCCCAAAAGUCCGGUAGUUUUUCUGAAACCGACUUCUUCGUAUAUAACUGAAGGUCAAAAUAUUAUUUUACCGAAAGAAUUCACAAGAGUUGCUUAUGAAGUGGAGCUUGGGGUUAUUAUAGGAAAGGCUUGCAAAAAUGUCAAAAAAGAAGAUGCAAUGAAUUAUGUUGCAGGUUACUGUUUGGCUCUUGAUCUAACGGCACAAUGUGAAUUAACAUCAGCUAGAGAAAAAGGGAUGCCAUGGUCUAUAGGAAAAGGUUUCGAUACAGCAACACCAGUAUCAAGACUAAUAUCUCUGGAAGAAAUAUCUGAUCCUCACAACGUUGGCUUAUGGUUGAAGCAUAAUGAGGAAUUGAAACAGGAAGGAAAUACAAAAGAUUUAAUAUUCAAAGUUCCAGAUUUGAUAUCUUAUAUUUCGAAAUACAUGACGCUUGAAGAAAAUGAUUUGAUUCUGACCGGCACACCUGACGGAUCGGCCGCUAUGAAACAAGGAGAUGUUAUUGAGUGUGGAAUUCCAAAUUUAAUAACUGUAAAGUUUAAUGUGAAUUAACUUGUAUUUUUUCAUAUUCAUUUUUCUAAAUACAUACAUAAACGUUUUUAAGUUAAA